AUGAAAAAACUGUUGGGUGCAUGUCCUUCCCUGUUGCUGAAGAGUCAUCAUCUUGCUGAUGAUCGUUACAAAUUAUUUCAUACUCACCAUGUAAUUCAUCGGAGUUUUUCAUCUAACUUCAAGACAAAAUUUACUGAAUAUUAUUUUAGAGAGAAGAGUAAAAAAUUCAACAAGAAUAUCACUCUCAUUCUCAUUGCUGGAGUUGGCGUAUCUUUCAUGAUUGGUGCUUGGAGAAAAAAGUUGCAAUCUAUUGCUGAAUUUCAUGCGGAAGAAAAUACUUACACCAAUUUAGCAUUUACCAGCCAGAGUUUAGACUUCAAGAAAACUUCAACCGGAAUGGACUUGAGUGAGGAUAUGGUGAGCUCAUCUCUUUUGAAAGAAAUUACAACCUAUUUAGUGUUUCAUGUCAAAUCACUCCCAAUAGGUGCAGUUCAAGAUUCCAAACAAAUUUCUGGAGGAACAUGUUUUGUUGUGAGCCCUAUUGUUGGGGACCAUAAGGAUAUUUAUUUGGUCACUGUGGCUCAUUGUGUCAUUACACCUUUUGGAGAUGCAAAGAGAGUAGGAUUAAUUCCAAAACCAUUGGAAAAGCAUAUUAAUAACCAAAAGUUAGCACAAUCAACCAAAGUACAAAAAGAACUAAUCGAAUGUGAAAUUGUUGAAUUUCAUUAUGAUGGAGACAAUGAUAUUGAUUAUGCAAUUUUAAAAUGUAAUGCGCAUGAGUUUAUUACAAAAAACAAGUAUAACGUUCAAGAUAUUUCACAAAAAUACUUUAUUCCAAAAGAACAAUGUGAAUGUGAUGCAAUGGAUAAUGAGUACACCAAUAACUCUCAACGUUUUGAUACAAUUGUCAUUGGCUACCCUUCUAAAUACAAGCAAUUUAUGGAUGCCAGAACAAGAAAUGAUUCAUCUCUCUCGAUCGAAUUGGUCAACAACUUGAUGAUGACCAAUGAGAAGAGUCCUAUUGUUUCUUUUGGAAAUAUGAUUGGGCAUCAAAGUAUUAACAACAAUACUCUCAUUCGCUAUUUUUCAAACACCAUUAACAAAGGAUUUUCUGGAGGACCUACUAUCCCCAUGAAGGAGUUGAACAACACAAGAAAUGAGAUUGCAUUUAGCGGUAUUGUUUCGUUGUUUGACGAAAAGGGAUUGGGAUCGUUUUGUGUGGAAAAUCAAAGGUUCCAAACAGCUUUCUCGACGCAAGUUACUGAUUCAAAGUAA